AUGAAUAAAGCUAAUAAUAGCUAUAUUCACCUACAAGCUGAUGAUUUUGAAGACAAAACUGUUACGCAGGAAGAAAUACUAUCAGAUGUUCGAAACAAACUAGCCAGUGAACAAUCCAGAAAUAAUGAGCCGAGUGAAAUCAUUGUAAAAUUAAAAGAAAAAACAGGAAAACUAUCUAAUGAGCUUUUGAAUAAGGAAAAAACCAUUAACCAUCUAAAAGAUUUGAUCGAAAAGUUAAAAUCUGAGCCAAAGAUAUUAUCGGAGUGUGGAAUGCAAACUGACACUGUGGACCAGAAACAAGCGCACUCGCAAACACCUGAACCACCACCAUAUAGGAAACCAGCGUGCGGGAACAAACCAACUGAUGGAAGCUAA